AUGCAAAAAGCUAGCUGCCAGAAGAAAAAAUGUGGAAGAGGCCAAUAUGGCGCCAAUAUGGCGACCGAUAAAGUAACUUUUUUAAUUACACCCUAGUGCACGAUGACCUGGUCAAGCAUAUCAGGAUCCUGGUCAUGAAACCAGUGACUAGUCUUAUCACGAAUCAAUACCUGGCUUUUGGGG